GGUUAAGUAGGUUUUGUCAAACUGGAAGGUUUAAUAUAAAUAUUGAUGCUUUAAACUACUGAUCUCUUUAAACAACAAUCUUCAUCAGUCAUUGUAAGAGUGAACACCGCUGAUCUUCAUUUACAGGAAGAACUUCAGAAAUACUGGAGUCUUCAGCAGAAGUCGUCAUAUGCGUGUUCUUUUAAGUUCUGGUUCCUGGUUUUGGGACUCGUCCUGUGUGUCUUAUCUGCUUCUUUUAUUAAGGUUUACAAUCACAUACAACGCAGUGAAGCUGAAACAUUAGAAAGACGUGAGUAAUAAAAAACGGUGAUAUCGGAACUGAAGGAGAGAAUCAAGGUGCUGGACUUACACUUGCGACGCUGUAUUUGAUGAUGUGUUCUGUGUGAGUGAUGUAAUGGGUGGAGUGAUGACGUCACCACAGUGUUGGUGAAAGUGAGGAUCAACGAUAGAAGCUGAAGUCAAACUAAAAUAUCUGCUUUCAAUUUAACAACAGAAUAUUUCUUCAGACAUUGUAAGAGUGAACACAGCUGAUCUUCACUCACAAGGAAAGAUCAAUGACAGAAUCUUCAUCAACAUAGAAAGAGAAACAAGAAGACGUAGUAUAGAACAACCCACAAUGAUGUCAUCCUCCAGUGAUCCAAUGACUGAGAGACUUCUGUGUUCAAUCUGUCUGGAAGUGUUCAGUGAUCCAGUCAGCACUCCAUGUGGACACAACUUCUGUAAGAUCUGUCUGAAUAAAUACUGGAACAACAGUGAAGACUACAGAUGUCCAAACUGUAAAGAAACAUUCAAGCAGAGACCUGAUCUCAAGAUUAAUACAACACUCAGAGAACUUGUUGAUGAACAUAAGAAGAAAUCUCAAGAGAUACAACCUGCAGUUGUGUGUGACAUCUGUACUGAAGGAAAGCUGAAGGCUGUGAAGUCGUGUCUGGUGUGUCAGAUCUCUUACUGUAAAACUCACCUGGAGUCUCAUUUGAGAGUGUCAGGAUUACAGAAACACAAACUGAUUGAUCCUGUGAAGAAUCUGCAGGAUUAUAUAUGUCAGAAACAUGACAGACCUCUGGAGCUCUUCUGUAGAGAUGAUCAGACAUGUGUGUGUCUCAUCUGUACUGUGACGGAUCACAAGAACCACAAGUUUGUGUCUGUAAGGGAUGAGGGUGAAGCGAGGAAGAUUAGGAUCUUGAAGACACAGACAGACGUGCAGCACAUGAUUCAAGACAGAAUCAAGAAGACUGAAGAUAUCAAACAUUCAGCAGAGCUCAGAAGAAUUAACACAGAGAAGGAGAAAGCAGCCAGUGUGGCGGUCUUCAGUGAUCUCAUGAGCUCCAUUGAGAGAUGUCAGUCUGAACUGCUGGAGAUGAUGGAGGAGAAGCAGAAAGCAGCAGAGAAACAUGAUGAAGAUGUCAUUAAAGAUCUGGAGAAGGAGAUCAAUGAACUGAAGAAGAGAAACAUUGAGCUGGAGCAGAUCUCACACACUGAACAUCAUCUCCAACUCAUACAGAUUCACUCGUCCAUCUGCAGCCCUUUAAACAUGAAGAACUGUCCUGAGAUCAGUUUGAAGAGUCAUGUGAGUGUAGAGAAAGUGAGAAGAUCUCUGACUCAACUGCAGGAGAAUCUACAGGAGAAACUCAGUGAAGCUGUGUUGAGGUGGAUGCAGCAGUAUGCAGUGGAUGUGACUCUGGAUCCUCAUACAGCAAAUCCAUAUCUCAUUCUGUCUGAUGAUGAGAAAUAUGUGAGACAUGGAGACAUUAGACAUAAACUCCCAGACAAACCAAAGAGAUUUAAUAGAUAUGCAAUUGUUCUGGGAAAGGAGGGAUUCUCAUCAGGGAGAUUUUAUUAUGAGGUUCAGGUGAAGGGAAAAACUGAGUGGACUUUAGGAGUGGUCAGAGAAUCUGUUAACAGGAAGGGAGACAUCACACUGACACCAGUGAAUGGAUUCUGGACUCUGUGGUUGAGGAAUGAGAAUGAAUAUCAAGCUCUUGAUGAUCCCUCUGUGUCUCUGUCUCUGAGUGUAAAGCCACAGAAGGUGGGUGUGUUUGUGGAUUAUGAGGAGGGUUUGGUCUCCUUUUAUGAUGUGGAGAACAGAUCUCAUAUCUACUCUUACACUGAUCAAUCUUACACUGAGAAACUCUAUCCAUAUUUUGGCCCAAGUUUGAAUUAUAAUGGUAAAAACUCAGAGCCAUUGAUCAUCACACCUGUCAAUUAAACUCAUGAUUUUUUAAUAUC